AUGAGAGAAUUAGUUUUCAUUCCUGAGACUAACGAACCUAGAAAUGCUCCUGUUGGGGAGCCCAAUAAUUUGCAUAUUGAGUGGCCACCUUCUUUUGAUUUCGAAACUUUAUUCAAAAAUGCAAGACGAAAAGAAAGGGCCCCAAAUGCAUUCAUACUUUUUCGUAUCAAAUAUUUGGAGAGUCUUCAACAGGUUGGCGUUAAUUGGCCAAUGUCUAAAGUAAGCCGCAUGGCUGCCGCAGCUUGGAGAUGUCAGCCAGAACAUAUAAAGACAAAAUACAAAUCUUUAUCGUUCGCUGCGAAUCUUUAUUGGGCGGAAUGGAAUCCAAGACCAGGCGUUCAAAGAAAUUCUCAACGGCUAGUAAACAGCAGCCCCACGCUUUACCGAUCACCUGCAUAUAUUGCCAACUUGGAUACAAACAAUGCGCAAAUCUUUGGAGAUGAGAUGAACCCCGAAUAUGUUUGUUAUUCGUUAAGAAAAUAA